AUGAUUCGUGACAAUUAUAACGAUGAAAUAAUUAAUAGUACAGACGGUCAACAUUUUCGUCGGAUACGUACAGAGUGGUUUCACAAAACACAGCAACCAGCUGUACCAGCUCUAUAUGAACAAGAAGUAACAACAACUACAACGACAACAAUUAAUAAAGAAGCAAAUGAGAAAACAGAUGAAAUGGUAACAACACAAUUAGAAUCAAGUCCAAUACGACGUGUUAAUCUUGUUAGUGGACCACAAUCAGCCUAUGCUCGUCUUUUUCCAGAUAGAUAUCGUCAAGAACAAGAAGAAUUAGUAAGAAAACAUCGUUCAAAAUCAACAGAUAGUCAACGUUAUAAUUUUGAUCGAGUUUUACAACAUCGAGUAGCUAGUGAAGAUGAUUGUCUUGAUACAUUACGUAAAUCACGUCAAGUUUCAUUCUAUAAUCAACGCAAAGGUGAAUGUCCAUGUCAUCAACAUGAUUUGAAUAAUCGUACACAUUCAUAUCCAUGUCUAAAUGAAAGAACAGUUGAAGUUCCAGUUAAUUUUGAUCCUGAACCAGAAAUUGUCUAUCAGAAAAAUCCAGAUGAACUUGUUUAUAUUCAAAAAGUUGGUGUUCGAUAUUUAGAGCCACCUACUCCACCACCACCUGAACCAAUUAUUAUCCGAGAAAUACAACAAUCUCCACAACAAUUACCACCUCUUAUUCUUUCAACAACACCACCAUGUAUACCACGUACUCCAUCACCGUUAAUUGUUCGUGAACAACCACCAACUCCACCUCUACAUCAACCACCAAAAAUUAUAACUAAAACAUUACCUCCACCACCAGCACUACCACGUCGUGUUAUUAUCAAACGAAUACCUCAACCACCAGCUAAGCCUCGUCCAGUAAUUAUUGAAAAAUGGUUACCAUAUAAACAACAAGUAGAACGACCUGUUAUUUAUGAACGAGCAGAACAAACUGAACAAUGUCAGACAACACAACGAAAUGUUAUUCUUCAAUAUGAUCAACCACGUGUACGUAUUGAACAAGAAAUUCAAAAUGUCGGUUGUUUUCGUGUUGAUCCAAAUAUAUAUCGUGCUCAAUUUGGUUCAACACUUCGA